AUGAAUAAGACGCUGGACGACUAUAUCUCACAAAGCCCUACUUCCUUAACUUUGCGACAAUUAAUAUUCUAUGAACGACACAUCAACACCGAACGGCUUCUCAAGUCAGCCAAUUAUGUGCGAACCGAACUGCCUAUCCGCAUCGCGCACCGGAUUCGAGAAUUUCAAAAGCUGCCGUACAUAUUAGGCACUAACCCAUAUAUUGAAGGAGUGUAUGAACUUUACUGGCAAGCCUUUGAACGUAUUCGAAAGAUUCCGCCUAUCGAGACUCGACAAGAGAACGAGAUAUUUUGUGAAAUUUUGCAGGAAUCACUGGAUGCUCAUUUGGUGGUUAUUCCGCAAUUGGCUAAAGGCAUUGUGGAAUGUGAACAACAACAAGUCAUGUCUAUGGAGAAACUAGACGGGUUUAUGGACGCAACGCUUCGAUCACGUAUUUCAAGACGCGUAUUGACCGAGCAUCAUUUAGUUUUGUCGGAUAAGAGGAAAUCAAUUUUCAAUGUGUGUUCAUCACACAAUGUAUUAACCAAAUGUAUACACCUGGUGAAUGCGUCACAGCACGAAGGGACAGCGCCCAAAAUUACCUUGAAUGGUACAGAUACCGAGUUUCAAUACGUUUCGGAUCAUGUGGAAUACAUCGUUUACCAAUUGUUAUCGAACGCUUUUAGACAUUCAAUCUCAUCCACAGACCAACCACGAGAGAUCAAGGUGACUACAUGCUCAAAUGAAAAGGAUGUCUUGUUUCGUAUAUCUGACCAAGGUGGUGGCAUGUGUAAAAAAGAGUUUGCGAAUAUUUGGUCUUAUGGAAAUUUUAAACGCUUUGGGAAUAUGCAAAAAGUGCAACAAUUGGAGGCCAAAUUAAACGAGCACGAGUUGCUGAGAAUCAGAUUGGGUAUCGGGCUACCCAUGAGUAAAGUGUACGCAGGCUAUUUUGGUGGUUCCUUGGAACUUUAUACUAUGGAAGGAUAUGGCACUGAUGCCUAUGUUCGUAUCCCCAGAUUGGGAAAUACAAAUGAAAAUUUGGAUGAUUAG